CAAAACCCCCUUCCUGCCCACAGCGUUGUGUCGCAUCGCAAGUCGAUGUGUCUUGAAGAAAGUCUGAGCUCAAGAGAAACACGCCACGCGCGAGAGCGAAGAGGAAGACCAAGAGAUCUUCGACAGCAGGCUGUUGAAAUUGCCUGAUAACAUACCUUCUAUUCCAUAUUUUACCCCACCGAAUCGCUUGGAGAGCUUCCCGGGCGCUCAUCCGCAGCGUUUGUUAAUUCAUAUUUGUAUAUUGAAAUUAUAUUCAUCGUCACUCACUCACGCAGCUCUCAUCUCAUCACACGAUAACCUCACUCACUUCAUCUCACCCGGCAGCACCGGACACGCUCACCCUCCCCCUCACAACGAUGCCGCCAAAGUCGACGGUCAAGGUAGAGUCCGCUCCCGAGGGCUUCACGCCCGAACGGUUCGAAAAGGAGCUCAAGAGCCUCGCGGCAAAGGCAAAAGGCCAGACCAGAGGCAGAUUCUACAAGCAGCAGGCCACGGCGUACCUGAAGGCCACCAUCCUCAUCGCCCUCGCCGCCACCUAUAGCAACGUCUCCCAGCUGGCCAUGUCGCCCGUCUACGGCGCCAUCCCGUCCUCGAUAUACCACGCCAAGCUCGUCAUGGUCGCCUGCUUCUUUGGCUGGGCCGGCAACGUCGUCCUCAACCGCACCCUGCCCUUCAACCCGGCCACCCUGCUGCCCGUCGUCGCCCUCUGCGUCCCCGCGAUCCAGUACUACCUCUACCAGACCAGCGCGCUGCUGACGGCGUACUGGGGUCCCCUGGUCAUGGAAGGCGUCACGCUGUUCCCUAUCAUCGUCAUCUCGGUGAGCUGCGUGGCGACGGAGAUGGAGAAGGUGAGCCUGUCCAAGCUUCCCAAGUUCCUCGCCGACGCCGCGCCGGGCCUGGGCUCCUGGGGCCUCUUCCGCUUCGUCGAGACGCUGUCGGGCGACUACCUGCAGACCUACGUCGGCCGGUCCUUCUUCCAGACGCGCAUCGGCCUCGAGGCGCUGCUGGGCGCCGCCUACGCCGUCUACGCCCCGUCCAAGCUGCUGCUCUUCGCCGUCCCUGCCGUGCUGCACACGGCGUUCCUGAACCCGCAUGCGCUGACGCCCAUGGCCGCGGCUUCGCUCAACUCCACAUUGCAGGCGGAUAACUGGUUCCUGCUGGAUCGCAAGGAGUCCGUCACGGGGUACGUCUCCGUGCUGGAGAGUAUCAAGCACGGGUACCGUGUUAUGCGGUGCGAUCACUCGCUGCUCGGCGGCGAGUGGGUGAAGCACAAGGGUCCUCGCGUCGCGGAGCCUAUUUAUGGUGUGUUUGUCAUGUUGGAGGCUGUUCGGCUCGUCAAGACGACCAAGGCCGUUCCUGACUCCAAGGCCAAGGCUUUGAACAUCGGCCUUGGUAUCGGUACUACGCCCGCGGCGUUGGUCGCUCACGGCGUCGACACGACGAUUGUCGAGAUCGACCCCGUCGUGCACGAGUUUGCGUCAAAGUACUUCCAGCUGCCGUCCAACCACACACCCGUCAUCGCGGACGCGGUAAGCUACACGCGCAAGCUCGCCGACGACCCGGACGCGAGGUUCGACUACAUUGUCCACGACGUCUUCACCGGCGGCGCCGAGCCCGUGCCCCUCUUCACCCUUGAGUUCCUCCAGGGCCUCAACUCGCUCCUCAAGCCAGACGGCGCCAUCGCGAUUAACUACGCGGGCGACUUCCUCCACCCGGCCCCCAAACUCGUCGUAGACACAAUCAGAGAGGUCUUCCCCUCCUGCCGCAUCUUCCGCGAGUCGGAGCACCCCACCCCGGAGAAAAUCGAGGAGGAGGGCCAGGAUUUUACCAACAUGGUCAUCUUUUGCAAAAAGACGUCCGGGAAGCUCAAGUUCAGGGCUCCCGUUGAAGACGACUUUUUGGGCAGCCGCACGCGCCGCGCGUUCCUGAUGCCGGCGCACGAGGUGUUUCCCAAGCACUUUUUGCAGGGAGAUUACGGGAUCUUGAGGGAUAACAGCACGGAGCAGCUGACCAAGUGGCACGAGAAGAGCGCGCUGGGGCAUUGGGAGGUGAUGCGGGUUGUGAUGCCGGAUAAGAUUUGGGAGUUGUGGUGAUCCUUUGUGUCCUUCGUGGAGGGAAGGGUGUUUUUUUGCGCCAAAAGUCUGAGAGGAUGGAAUCGACGAGCAAUCUUUCAUUGGAGAUGAGGAGUGUUUGCUCUCUGUACAUAUGGUACUCGGACAUGUGUAAUUACAUUGGGAUGAGCUAGAGCUGCCUACCUAUGAAGCUCACUUAGACAAACUAUUCUUUGAGUUGUAGAAUAAGACCGCUGUUUAUUAUAUAUUUCUUCAGGGCUCCCUGACAUGCCUUGUGUAUCUCAUCAACUCGUCGCUCUUCGCACUGCUAAUCAAAGAUCUUUCAUCCUCCGUCUCCAUAAUACUACCUCACUCAUCCUCACCCCCCUUCUUCACCACAACCUUCCGAGCAGCCUCAAAAGCAGCCUCCUUCGUCACCGCAUUCGUCUCCCGCACAUACUCCCCCAAAUACCCAGGAACCUCCGCCACCUCAUUAUACGGCCCCGCCACCGGCUCCCCAAGAACCUGAUACACCGGCACAACCCCCGUCCACACCCGUCCCGUAACCUUCGCAUCCUCCUUAUCAGCCCUAUCAUCCCCCGGCGGGCCCUCGCGGAUCUUGGCACUCCCCGUCGCGAUGCGCACUUUCAGCACGCUCGUGGAGGAUAACUCGCCCUUGUUGGGCGGCACGCGGGACGCCUCCCAGCGACCCGGGACGACGCCGUCCGUGAUGAGCUGCAUCGCGUAGAGGCGCUCCGCGGGGUCGGAGACGAGGGUUGCGUGGCCGAAGAGGACUGCGGAGCGGUAGUUAUAGCUGUGGGCGUUGGGGGUCAGGGCUAGGACGAGGCCGUCUAGGUGGGAUGCUGCGAUGCAGACGGGGAGGCCUGAAGGAGGGGGAGGAGACGAAGGGGACGAAGUAGAAGAGGCGUCGGAGGGUUGGCGGGAGAUGUUUACGAGGCGGGAGGAGACGUAGCCGUGGAGGUAGAGGUCUAGGACGUCGCCUUCGUCGGCGGAGGGGCGGGAGAAGGAGCCCAUUUGGCCGAGCAUGGGGAGGAUCGUGGGGAAGGGGGAUUGCGGGUCGUUGAAGGAGACGUGGAGGAUUGGGCUUGUGUUUAUUAUGGUGUGGAUUGUGCGGAGGGCAUAGGAUGCUGUGAGGUUGUGUUAGUUGAUGGCUUCGCGAAGACUUGACGUAAGUGAGAGUGAGAGUGAGAGUGAGGCAUACCGCGCGGGCUGUAUCGUUUAACGGUGCCAUAUGGCUCUUUGGGAUACUCGAGUUCAGUGCGAGGCAUGGUUGGAUGCUAUCUACCUGUUGAAAUGAUUGAUGGGAUUGUAUGGUAUGAUGGUGCUGCAACAGAUGUCUAGUUCUAAAGCCACUCAAAAAUGAUCUUUUUGAGGUUGUGUGUUUUCCUUUAUAUUAUAUCCCCCAAUUCUCCAAUUUGAUAACAAGUAACGCCCACCCAAUAACACAACGAAGAAAAGAUACGCCCUUUACGCCCGCCGUCAUCCCGCGUAGACCUAUUGACUCAUCUUGGGCGCGACCGGGCCGGGUGAGGUCUGUCGUACCUUUCGGGCCCGGCUCCGAAAGGAAGAC